UUUUUUAUUGAUGACAGAAGGCUAUGCAUCUUUUUUGCAGAAGAAGAGACUUGAGAUGCCCCCGGCCGUUUUGAACGCGGUUGUUGCCGGGGACCCCGUGGACGAUUUAGUGUGUGGAUUUUGCGAAGAGCUUUUUAAAAACGCUGUGAGUGUUCCGUGUUGCGGCAGGCCGUUUUGUAGGGAUUGCGUGUCCAAGAUUUUCGACGCGGAUUCCAAAAGUGAAGGCAAAUGUCUGGCCUGUGGAGCUUCUUCCACUGACCCGUCUGUCGUCAUACCCAACAGAUUCUUCAGGAAGAAGGUUGAAGUAUUCUUGCAGAAGAAUCCCAACUACUCGGCGAAGAAGACCGUUUCUGAAAAGGUGCCUGAAGAAUCUCCGCGACCGGAUUCGAGACAAGAGAGGAGUUCGCGAUCGAAAUCCCCGGGAGAUGUCGUUGCUCACAAUGUCGGACACGCGGCGUCCUGUUCUCCUAUUUCUUCCAAGUCUGGAAGUCCGGACAGAGAAUCUCCUGAACGGGAACGCGAACGUGAACGGAAGCCAUUGGAAGGUUCGGUUCCGCCACCAGAAAUAGUUCCAGUUGUUCCGCCGCCAAUGCUGGACAUGAGCCAGCCGCCGCCAGUCAUCUUGCCGCCUGUGAUGCACGGCCUGGUACCGCCGGGGAUGCUGCCGCAUGGCCCACCUCCGAUGCUCAUGCGGGAGUCCAUGUUGGGCCCGCCGAUCGUUCAGCCGUCUGUGGAAGUCGUAGACGAUCCUUUGGCAAAGUUCAACGAGUUUCUGAGAGAACAAGAGCAGAGGAAGCAGAGAGCGAGGCGACGGUCUCCGUCGCCCUAUUCCGACAGGAGACGACGAUACCGAUCGCGGAGCAGAUCGAGAUCGAGGUCACGAUCCCCGGGACGCCGUCGAAGACGUCGUGGCAGGGCUAGGAAAAGUUUCAGAGGACUGAACAGCGGCAGAGCUUUUGCCUCUUCACCAUCAGGCAGCGUUGGCCCCGGCGGUCCUUGCAGGGGCGUUGGGGACGGCGGCGGCGUUUACCCUUAUGGCGCCCCACAAGUGCCCUUGAUGGGACAGUACGAUUUCCAAAGACAGGUUCCUGGAGAACCUGAGCGACAAUUCCAGACUGGACGCCCCUACGAUUUCUUCCCCACCUACCCUGGCUUCCCGCCGCCGCAUCAAACCGCCCAACAGAUGCCACCGAUGGCUGGUGCUUUCCGGGGCCGAGGGGCUCAACCCAUGUUCCCCAGGGGAACUGGGUUUCGAGGUGCCCGGGGUUUUCCCGCCAGGGGCCGCGGAGGUCGAGAUUUCUUCGACGGCGGCUUCCCCCAACGACCGCCGUGGGAACAACAAGGCGGCGCACAAUAUGGUGAUGAGAGACGGUCGCCUGAAAGGGACCGUGACUUUGACAGCUACACGUCCCGAUCUCGAGGCGGCAUGGAAAGACGGGACAGCGAGCUCUUCGAGCGCCGGAGACCAGAAGAGCGGGAUCGGGCCAGGGAGCGUUUCGAUCGGGACAGAGACCGACGUGAGAGGGAGUCGGAUAGGGAUCGAGACAGGGACCGAGAACGCGAACGGGAACAUCCGGAUAGAGAUCGGGAAAGAGGUCGAGAGCGGGACAGGGAGAGAGACAGGGAUCGGGAGAGAGACCGGAGUCGGCGAGAUCGGGACAAGCGGGAGAAGGAUCGGGAUCGGCGUGAACCCUCUGAAAAGCGGAAAAGAUCCCGUUCGAGAAGCAGGAGCCGUUCGAGACCCCGACGUUCUACGAGCAAAUCCCGAUACACUUCCGAGAGGCGCCGAGGCGACUCUGCAGAAAGGCGGCACGGCGACUCGGCGAAACGAGAGCCCGGGGCGGAACUCGCGUCGCCCGAGCGGAAACGCGAAGAGGAAACCCCACGAGGUCGUUCUAAAUCCCGAUCGCCGCCUUCGAAGAGAGGCGAAGAGCAGCAGCAGCAGCCGCCGCCGCCGUUGGUUGAAUCGCGUACUGAAACUCCAGCGGCGCCGAAAGACGGUCGGAGAGCCAGAAGAGAACACAGUGGUGACCGAGAGAAGGAACAGCGGAAGUCGCGUCGGGAAAAGGCGGCGGAGAAGAAGGAGACGAGUGUUGAAAAGGAUGUUUCGGGGAAAGUUGCGUUGGAAGAAUCCAAGGAUCGGACGACUGCGCUGGUGAAGGACGCGUCGCCGUCGGUUGGAAGAGCCAAAGAAGAGGAGCCGAAAGAAAAGAUGGUCCAAGAAGUCAAGAAAGAUGCUGGGGUUCGCGAAAGAAUCGAGGCGCCCAAAAGACAGGAAUUGUCUUCGCUCGUGAUGAAAGCGGAAAUUGACCCGACGGGAACACGGAAACCCACGCGUCGAGUGAUGGUCCUGCAAAAGCAAGACUCCUCGACGAAAUUGGAACAAAAACAACUGCCCGUCGACAAUAAGGUCAGAGAGAAAUCGCCGAAAUCUCCGGCCGUCGUUUUGAACAAGAUCGCCGGAAACGGCGACGACGACGAAGCAGAAGACGGCGGCGCUGCCGCGGCCGCCUCAAUCCGUCGUCGCAACAAACGGGACUCCGCAUCGUCGUCUUCGUCGCCGGAACGCAAACGAGACAAAGACAAGAAGAAGAAGAAAAAGAAGGAGAAGGAAAGAGGCAAGAAAAAGCGUCCGAAGGUGAAGUCUAAGGAAGACUCGGGGACCGAGGAAAUCAAGAGGGCGUCUGUCGAAGAGGCGGAAUUCAAGCCGGACUACGAGGACGACCCCAGCGACGCCUCUGACGACGACGACGGCGGCCACAGUGACGACUCUAGAACCGUGUCGAAGCGUCGGAAAAAGGCGAAACGCGGCAAGUCGAAGAAGAAGACUCAUCGUCGUCACGCCAAGAAGCACAAGACUCGGGACGGAACGUCGAGGAAGAAAAAGAAGCGGAAGAAGAUGGUGUCGAGUGAUGAGUCGUCUUCGGGGCCGCCGACGUCGGAUUCUUCCGGAUCCGACGACUCGUCCAAUGAUGACGGAAGUGAGGAUGAGAAGCCGGAAGACGGAUCGAGUAUCGCGGAAAAGCGGAAACGGUCUCCGUCGUCUUCUGAUGAAAUCCCCAAGAAGAAGAAGAAGAAAAAGAAGAACAAGUGAAGCCUGUGGAAAAGAUGGAAAAAUAACUGGGCGCAGUAUUUUGCUCUUCAUGGGACGUGUUUCUUCCCUUUUUUUUAAUGGAAAUAGUCCUUGAUGCGAUGAACACUUGCCGAGAUCACUUGUUUAAAAAAAAGAGUUAGUUUCCUCUUUUUUUUCUGUUAUAUUUUUAAAUCGAAUUAAAUUUUGCAGGUGAAAUACUGUCCCAUGAAAAGUGAAAUACUCAAAGCCCUUGGAAUUCUCGCAAGUGAUUUCAACG